GCUGGGGGGGAAAGAUCAACGGAGAAAAACAGUUCCUUCGCAAACUCGAGAAAUGCGCGUGGCUCCGUUGGAAAAGCUAUCGGAACUGCGCGGCGCGAUGCGAUCUUCGACGACGAAAUCGUAUCGUUCGUUCAUCGAAACGGAGAGAAACAGCUUAUAAUUUGUCGAUUAUUUUCUCUUGAAAAGAUCGGCAUUUUUUCUUACGAUACUCGAGAAAACAAGCUACACGAUUCGAAUAAAUCUGGUAAAUGAGAGAAACCGUGUAAAGCUCGAUAAAACUUAUCCUUUCAAUUUUUCCACUAAUUUCAACUUUCUCACCGAGAUAUUGACUAUUCGACGCGCCGCAACGCGACACGAGUAUUCGUGAAUACGAGAUUGCUAUGCUACCACCGUUCAUCGUGCGCUUGGAACAAACGGACGGUACCAAAAGAGUAACAGGUACACGACAGCAAUAUCUUCGGUAUCGUAAUCGCUAUUAUCACGACCGCCAGCAUCAACGUCAUCGACAUCCACAGAGGCAGCAAGAAUGUCAUCGUUGUCGUUGUCGCGGUGGUCGCCUUUGCAGCAACGAUCACCAUUCUCAUCGUCAUCGACGUUAUCACCGUCAUCGUCAUCGGCAUCAACAUCCUCGAUGUAAUCGUGGAUCGCAACGGCCGCUGCAGCAGUACAGUGAUCGUCUUUGCUUCGGUUCGCAAAAUACGGAUCGUCGUCGCGCGAAAUCGCCAUCCGCGACACCCUCGAUACCGUGUCACGACGAUUCGUCCUCGUCUCAACGUUUAAGUAUGUUCGUAACAGCAAGGGAACGGUUUCCUUCGUCGAGCAGCACCGACGACGACCAAAGCGGUUCCGACACGGAACACGACUCGAACGCGUUACGCGGCAAAGUUCAUUCUGGAAUACUUCAUCACUCCGGUACCCACUCUGUGCGUAAACGUCGUGGAAACUUACCGAAGCACUCGGUAAAAAUUUUGAAACGAUGGCUCUACGAGCACAGGUACAACGCAUAUCCGAGCGACAGCGAAAAAUUGACGCUCAGUCAAGAAGCGAAUCUCACGGUACUCCAGGUCUGCAAUUGGUUCAUAAACGCCAGACGACGAAUUUUGCCCGAAAUGAUUCGAAGAGAGGGUCACGAUCCUUUGCAGUACACGAUAUCUCGCCGUGGUAAAAAAAUGCCUGCGGGUACUCAUCAACAGUCGUCCGCUGGUCUUGGUUCGAGGUCCAAUCAGAAUUGGGAUUCGUUGGCCGGCAUGAGCGCUCCUAAACGUAGCAGAGAUCACGAUUACGAAGAUCCUGCCGGGUUGAUGUAUCGAAGCGAAGAGGACAGUCCGAACGAUUACGAGAGCAGUUCUCACAGCGAAGAGGAACGCCCGUCGACACAGUGGCCAAGCGUGAUAGUCUAUCCUUACUCGGAAACGAAAAUCGAACAAAAUGUCGGUCAACAGCUCGCCGUUUACGAAGAAACGAUCGCUGCUCAUCCUGCACGACGAGGCGACGACGACGACGAGUCUUCGGUGGGAAACAACGAAGCUGCUUAUUGGAGCGCUCCUAGACAGCAUCUCGUUCAAACUUCGAGCAUGCAACGCGAAACGGAAGCGUACGGUACGCGCAAUGGUCACGAACCUCGUACGGACGAAACGCCACCGCCGACGCCUCCCGAAGAAGAUAAAGACAAGUUCAAGUGUCUUUACUUACUGGUAGAAGCAGCUGUUGCUGUGCGACAACAGGAAAAGGAGCGCGAGGGGGCCGUACCGGUUUAACGAGCGCUCUUCUCUUUCUCCUAGUUCGCAUCGAUCUUUUUUACCUUUCGGUUUCGUUGCUCCACCGAAUAUAUAUAUAUAUAUACAUACACAACUCAUCGAUCACACCGAAACUUUCUUUCGCUUCGCUACCUCGUCGACUACUCGUCGCCGAUCGACGCGACUUCUUAUGCCUCGCACCAUAAUAUUCUCUCCUCGUCGUUACCAGCAUUUCUUCUCGCUAUUUAUCGACGCGACGAUCAACGGACAAGCGAAUGCAAUUCACGACGAACCUUCUUCUUCUUCUUCUUCUUCGCGUCGCAUCAUUUUGCGCGCUGUGCUCUUACGGCUAGUUUCACCGUGCGAUGCGAACUCGAGAAAAAUAUACCGAAGGACCGAGCAGCCGAACAAAUAACGAAGAAGAACGGGCACCAGCGUUCAAACGACGAAUAUUUGUCGCCUUCGUCGCGUACUCUUCGAGUUCUUCGAUCGUGAUACCCCACACGGAGAAGCUGGUUAAACCGAUCGAUCGGUCGUUCGUCAACCAAAAAAGAAUACAAUCGAGCGGUGGAACGCGAUGUUGUUUUAUUUUAUCGCGAUAACGACAACGUUCUUGUAAACGGAGUGGUGCGACCCAACGAAACGCCUUAUCUUCCCCUUUUUUGCAUUUCCGUCGAUGCGUACUUUAACGCGAGAUUAUCGGCCAAAUAUGUGCCAAAAUAUCUAUAUACGUACAUGUGAUACGUACGUACAAGCCUAUGUACAUAUUGAAAACGAACGAUUCAAUUAUUACUAUGAGCAAAAGGUUGAAGAGUCGAUUACAUUUCUCGUUAUCGUAUAUCGUAAUUCGUGGUUAAAGGAAAGUCAUCCUCGUAGUCGUUGCAACGCUGCGCACACGAUUACGUUUCGACAUUCGAGCGAGCAAAAAGGGAGAAUUAACGGGAAAAAACGAGUAGAUAACAUAUUACCCGCUAUUUAUACGAUAUGCAGAAAGCAUUUAAACGUUCUUCGAUUUCUUGAAAAAAAAGAGUCUUACUACGCGCUUUUUCUCCUCCUCCCUUUCUCGGGAUAACAAAAAGAAAGAAAACACAGGAUUAUGCGCUGGCGUAUUAAAAUUUACGUCUUACGUAUUAAGAUUGUUACGUGUGCGCACAUCGGAAAAUAUAUUUUUCGUCUUCCCUUUCGUUCCGCCGAAUGAAUCGAGAUAAAAAUUAGCCAAAGAACAACGUCCGAAGUAUUUGUUUGUUCGUUCAGUUUUACCGUUAUUAUAUUCGUUUGGUGGUUUGGCCGAUAUCGAGGAUCGAUCGACACAGUACCGAUACAGCUGCUCGUGUAUUUUCCUUUCGCGUUUCAACCGGUUACUUGGAAAGGGCAGUCGAAGCAAUGUUAAAGUACGUUACUUCGCGCGUACGAUGCUGUUUCCAGUUUUUCUCGGAUCGUCGACGUUACGACGUUGUCCGGUAAUUCCGAUUUCGUAGCGAUUACGAGCUUGGUUGCGUUUACGUUCGCAUUUAUAUUAGACGAAUAAGACUGGUCGAAGAGAGAGAUUUUCGAGUCUCUCGACGCGCUUGCCUAUGACAACGACGCGUGCGUCUCCCUUUCCUCUUUGAAACGGUUGAACAGUACCGUGGAAUCGAUACCGCCGAUCAAUCAAUCGUUCGCGUUUAUCGCGACCGAUCGUUAUCUCUCUUGCUCGAGACGCGUGGCCGGAUCGUUUCAGAAACAUAGAUACUAUUCGCGAACACCGUUCGUUAUUAUAUUGUUAGUUGAAUUUGACGCGCGGAAUGAACCACUAGCGCGCGUACUCGUCAAGAGAGAUACGCGUAUAGAUGAUAAGCACACGUACGCGUACGAGUACGCAUACGUUUAAAUUUAUGUUACGGACACAUAGUUCGUUGAGCAUGCGUGACGCAAAGCCUCGAAUUGUGAAAGAUUCGUUAAUUCAAGAUUCGUGUCGCGAAUCCGUGUCACGAAUCGUGCAUACAAGAAUCAUUGGUACAAACGCCAAAGACUUAACCGUUAGUUAUAUCGAUAAUUAAGUUUUUUUCUCUUCUUUUCUUUUUUUUUUUAAAUCGGUUCACAUGGACGAGUCCGUUUUGCCGACCUACACCUAGUUAGUAAAUAUGUUUUGUCGUGUGCCCGAAUGCUUGAAAAUACGAAAAAAGUUUACUGAACGAAACGGUAGAGGGAGAGAAUAACGAGAAAGGGAACAGAAGAAGAGAAGAUAUAGUGGCAAGAAUGAUAUAAUAAGAACGUUCAGAGAAGAUGUUAGAAAAUUGUGCCUAUCAAAUGUGGCGUAUCACAGCGUUCGCUGUUUUGCGUAUAUCGUAAAUGCGCGUGAACGUAGAUGCGAUACGCGAAUCGAUGCCGUCGUGUAUGCAAACGCGUACGCAUCGUUACUCGAGCUAGAUCCAAACCGUGUUCAAACGAAACAAAGUUCAUCGAUGUACAAAAUACGAUUGAAAUUUAUUUUUAAAAUGCGAUAACUUUUACGGUCACCGUGACCGUCUCUUUAAAAACUGUUAAGGAUGUAACGUGCAUUAGAUUAACAAUGGAUCUCUCUCCGACGGGAAAAAAGAUAAGAGUAGCUAAAGAAAAAAAGGUUGUUUCUCGAUCGCUCGAUUACUAGGAUGUUUGCAAUGACGUUGACGGUAACAACGACCGUAACGAAGGUAUUACAAGAACAGGCAAAAAAUUACAGUCAAUUCGGGCGCGAUUGAAUCGUUGAUAUUUUCCGAAAUUUUUCGACAACGACUUACGCCUAUUUCACGGUGAGAUGCACGAUAAACACCGAAAUCUCGAAUCAAAAUAAUUGCUAACGAAAUCUGCCGAAUGUUCAUAGUUCCUAACUAUUUCGAAUCUGACAAUGACAUCGGGGAGAGACACGUUCGAGACAAAAGAAACGAUGAGAGAGAAUCUAUGCACGAACAGCGUCGACCGUUCAUCAAGACGCGUUAAUUGUAUAAUAAAAGCAAUACGUGUGCCUUGUUCGAAAACGUUUUUAACGCGUAUCGAUAAUAAUAGUAAUAAUAAUAAUGAUGAUGAUGAUGAUAUGAUGAUGAUGAUGAAUGAUGAUGACGAUGACGAUAAUGAUUAUGAUUAUAAUGACGAUGAUCAUAAUAAUAAUAAUAAUAAUAGUAAUAAUAGUAAUAAUAAUAAUAUUGCGCUGAAACAUUCGCCGAAUUUGUCGAAUUAUACAUGUACAUAUUUGUAAUACGUUUACUUUUUUGGGAAGCUUUAGGUAAAACGAAGGAAAUGAAGCGAAAGCGUUUCGGUGAAAAUCUUACGGGACGUACAAUUGAUCGCAACGGUAUCACGUAAAAGUUUUCGACAAAGUAAAUAAUGCAUAACAGAUAGCAUCGCGAACAUGUUCGUCGAAAGACGAACGUUCAUUGCGAGGUAGGGGUGAAGCUUUUAUUUAAAACGCACGCAAAAAACAAACAGAAAGCAGAACAAGAUAAAAUGACGAAAAUGAUUUAUACAGUUUUCCGAGACCAGUGUUUGUUAUAAAGAAAGAAGAGUGGCGAAGCAAAAUAUAGAUGUAUAGAUAGUUGUAUGUGUAGAUAGAUAGAUAAAUAGAGAGAGAGAAAGAGAUAGAAAGAGAGAGAGAGGCGAAUGGGAAAGGGAAGAGUUAAAAAUGGGUACGAUUUAGUCUUCCCUCCGUAGGUAUAAUAAAAAAUCCGUGUUCACGCGCGUUCGUAUAACGCGUAAAACGUUGACAAAGAAAGUGAAGCAUUAUAUCGGUACAAUGUUACGACUUCCGAUGUCGGAGAGACGCGAGAGAAACGGAAACGAAGAAACAAACGUUUAACACGUUGAUUACACCACGCCUGAAACUGUACAAAGUCUCGUUAGAUAGUAUUUUUGUUUUCGACCGAUCUCGCCUAUCAUUUUCACGACAUUUCGUUCUAUUUAUCGCGCAUACUUUAAAUAAUUACGUAAUACUUCUAAUUAUCCAUUUCUUAUGCAAUAAAAUACUUUUAUCGAUGAUUCAUAGCGAAAUUCGAGCAUCAUGCGUGGAUAAUGUGGCAGUCAACGUGUUGUUAAGCAUUUAAUGUCACUUGGAAUUUUUAUAAGUGAAAUAUACACGCGUAAGCGCAUGGGAUUGAAACGGAAGAUAGAAUUUAAUCGUGGCAGCGUUGUCGAUGAGAUGAUUCGUCGAUUCUCUCUCUUUUCUCCAAUUAUCGAACGUAACUCGAAAUAUUUUAUUAGAGUAUUCGUCGAUAAAACGACGAAAGGUAUCGUAGAAUUAAAUGAAUCGUGGUGUUCCCGUGUCGGUCUACGACGGAGAUGCUGUUCGAACGUAACUCCGAACAACAGAAAGGCAUGAAUUUCAAAUAAUAAUAAUAGGGUGAAAAAAAAGUAAUCGAAAUCGUUGUCUUCUCGAAGCAAACAUUAUUACUUUCAUAUCAAUUUUACGCACGAUCAGAAAUUUAUACCGAAACAACGUUCUAGAUUUUAAUCUUAUUGGACGACUCGUCUUUUAUAUUAUACACACAUACGUUGUACAAGAAUGGAGGUUUUCAUUUGUUUUUUAUCGUUUAAGAUUUAGGUAGGAAAAAAGCUCAAAACAGCUUAACAGAUUUUAAUCGUUAAUUAUUUUUUCUUUCUUCCUUCUGUAUACAUAUUCGUGCAAGCGACACAGCGUUAACGUUUAAGUACUUUUAAGUUGAACCGCACGCGCGUACGUCGAGUGCCAUAAAAGGACGCUAAAAAAUGUAACGUCUACGCGAUUGAGUUUUGCUUAAGCGGAAUGGUAAUUUUCUCUUAAACUAACGUUAUUAUUAAUUAUUGUAAUUACGAUUAUUACUAUGGUUAUGAUUAUUGUGAUUAUUAUUACUAUUAUUAUUAUUGUCAUUAUUAUUAUUAUUGUUAUCCUCUAAUAAUGAUCACGCAUACCGUUUUGUUUCUUUCGUUUUCGACGCACUGCCCGCCGUGCGUGGUGUCGUACACGUGCAAACGUUACAUAGUUCUGACUCGUUUCGAACGAUCCACUCGUGUUAUCUGGAACACGUUAUCCAGCGAUAUUUAACGAUCACGAAGAAUCACGGCAAAUCGUAUUUUUAUGAAUCGGAAGGGACACGAGUCAGGACGAAGCGUUCCACUAGUUCGACUACGCGAGUUCUCGAAAUACCUUAGAAUUAACGACAUUGUAUUGUUCGAUUCGCAAAUUUAUAAUAAAGUAUGUUGUGAAUUUUAUUAUUA